AUGGAUCCUAUGUAUUAUCAGGAUUUGAUGGACUACGAGCCAAACUCCACUCAAGGGCGUCUGACGCCUGACGACGCGAUGCAGGUGGAUCAAGGUAACUCAGUCACCGACGUCCAGGGCGUUGAGGCGCCAUCUCGACUUCUGAGUUUGCCACUCGAACUCGUGCAAGAGAUCAUGGCAGAGGUCGAUCCGAUGUCGCUCAUUCGUCUCGGACGUGUGUGUAAGGAUCUACGCGGUGUCCUUGCAGCAUCAUAUCCUUGGCGUAACAUGAUAUCCCGACUCAUGAACAGACCCUACUCGGAGCUGCCGUUCUCCCCGGAAGACGCCCGUGGUAUCUUGAUGCUUGCGACGUUAGAGCACAAGAUGAAGUGCACUGUCACGACGUGCAACCGAGAUGGGGACUUUGUGCACUUGCUUGGUCGUCGGCGCCUCUGUCAUGAACACUACUUUACGGAGACCUGUGGAUCCGUACAGCAGUUGCGCGGGCAUAUGCUCGAUAUCAUGGGCCGACGGAAAGAAGGUGGCCGCGGCGUAUACCCCGCCAAGGUCACAGGAGAUCUCAUGAACGUCAUCAAGCGCGUCUUGCCUCUAUUCAAAGGCGCUGGGACGCAUCAGGCGCGUUGGUCGCUUGUGAUUGUCCAGGGACUUUGGAACGAUGUGGUGUUGGCGUGGGAGGGUCUGCAGAGACGGGAUGGGCACGGGUUGAGGGAGCGCCUAUCGAAUCUGCAUCUGGUCUGCGGAGAUGAUUGUGCGGACCGGGAGGCGCAUGUAUGCUUCCAUCGACUCUUCGACGAGUACGAGGCUAAGGGGAAAGAAGCGGCCGAGAAAGCCGAGUUUGUCUACGAUCUGAGUCUAGCAGCCAAUCCUAAAGCAGACUCGAGUAUCUUCAAGGCGCGUCAAGAGGCGGGUAAACGGGCUCGUCGUGCAGCACUUCAACAACGCCUCGAGGGUCUUGGAUACUUGACCAUGGAUGUCACACCUGUACUAGACGCCUACCUAGCGAGAUGUAGGCGCUUUGGUCAAUUGACGAAUAACGAGUUCCGAUCGCGUCUUCCGGAGCUCAGGACAUUGCUCGAUAGCCGCAAGCAGGAGCGUAUCUCCCAGUACCGCGAUGAGCGCAGAAAAAUUGCUGCCCAAGCUAUCAUGGACUUCAACACGACGAACUAUCGCGAUCUGGAGAAGGCUGUGGCCGCGACGUGCAGCUAUCUUCGAUCAACUUCGUACGGCGUGUGGUGCCAUCGCGUCACUGAGCUCAUUGACGCCGAUUCGGUUGAUACACCGGAGGAUCGGAUGGAAUUGAGAAAUAGGAUGAGGGAUCUGCUUUACAACGAUUCACACGUCAGGCAGUGUAUCUUGGACUGUACGAUCGCCUUCUGUUACCAACAAGAGCAGAUGGCCUUUCCAGUUGACUUCAGACCCCCUUCCUCCUCGUGUACUUUGAGGCCCAGCGCCAUCGAACCUCUUAUUGGGAGCUCUACAUUCAUGAUCGACGUAUCGGGCUUUGUGUUGGAACCCUCGUCUACAUCAUUUUCUAUGUUCUAG